UUUAAAAAAACAAAAAAAAAUCGCCCCUCGAGUUCCCGGCUUCCCCAUUCCGCUCCGCACUGGCAUCCGCGUUCCCCAUGGCGGCGUUGCCCGCCCUCGUCUCGCUGACUCCCGCCGUCUCGAGGCACUCCUACCUCCUCUUCUCCCGCUGCCCCUCGCCGCGGCCGCGCCACCUCCGCCUCAUCCUUCCCGCCGCCGCCGCCCCCUCCCCGGGCGGCAGCCCCGGCCCCGGCGUCUUCCUAUCCCCGCGCGCGCUCUCGCAGCUCGACGAGCUCGCGGCCUUCCGCUACGAGCACGCCUUCCCGCACGGCCUCCUCACCGUGCGCGCCCUCACCCGCGGGCCUGAAGACGACGCCGUGGCCGAGGCGCUCGUCCGCCUCCUGGCCUCCUCGUUCUCCGAGACCGUGCGGUGGGCCCCGGCCCAGCGGUACGCGCAGCUCCUCACGUUCGUCAUCCGCAGGUACCUCCACGAGCGCCGCGGGCUCGCGCCGCACGCCGCGGUGCUCGUGGGGUUCUACCGCCCCGCCGACGCCGCGGCCGACUCCACGGGGGAUGACGGAGAUGAGGGCGGCGAGGAUGGGGAGGGUAAAGAUGAAGGGGAGAUGGCGUGCACCGCGGAGGUGUCGUUCAACGCGGUGGGCGCGCCCGGGGCCCCGCCCACGCCCACCCCGCCGCUCGACUUCCCGUACAUCUGUAACAUGACUGUGAAGACGGCAUUGAGGAGGAGAGGACUCGGGAAGCAACUUCUCAAGGCAUGUGAGGAUUUGGUCAUCAAAAUGGAUGCAAGACGAUGUGUAUAUCUUCAUUGUAGAGUUAUCGAUCAAGUGCCGUUCAACAUUUACAGGAAAGCUGGAUAUAACAUUGUCCAGACUGACAGUAUUUUGGUUUGGCUGAGCCUUCAAAAGCGGAAGUAUUUGAUGAGCAAGGAAUUACCCCAAGCUUCUGCUGUUAGUGAGUCUACAACCAAAGACUUCGAUGAUAAUAUUUUGACAUGCUAAACAUUCAACAGGAUCAACAGGCACACAAGAGGUUAAAUUUUGUGUAUAAAUGUAUGGUUCUGUUUCAUCACACAUUUUCGCUGUUGUAUAGCUUGUGAGGAAAUCAACUGCCAUUCAUUGAUUGUCUAUCACAAAAUUAUUUAGUUGAAAAUGAGUUGACAAAUGCUUGUAACAUAUAUUGAUUCAAUAAUAUAGCCCAUAGGCUCACUAAUUAUGUAGUUUAA